AUGGAUGACUUAAGGGCUCGGCUCCGCGAAACAUCGUGGGACGCCAUAGUCAAUGAUCCAGGUAAUAUAAACGUUGUUUUUGCCAAUUUUCUGAAUUUUCUGGUGUGUACCUUUGAGUGCUGUUUCCCUACUAGAGUUUUCAGGCCCAAACCUGUGAAGAGGAUUCCCUGGUUUACCACAGCUUUGGCUCAGGUGAGGGAGCGUGUGGUAAUGUUGCAUGGUAUUUACAAAACGACCAAUAGGGAUGCUGACAAGGCACGCUAUGUGGAAGAGAAGAGGAGGUACCGACUGGAAUGCUCGGCAACUAAGAAGGCAAUUUGUGCCUCAAGGAUCCUGGAGGUCCCAAAUCAGAUAAAGGCAGCCUGGGAAAUCAUUCGGAUUGAGAUUGGCAAAGAGGGAACCAACCUGGCUUGUAAAAUUGAUCCAGACAUCUUAAAUAGUUAUUUUAUAGACUCAGUGAAGGAGAUCAGUGAGCAAUGCUCGGCAUCCAUGGAGCAGGCCAUGAUCUUAGCAGCCAAUAAAGGUAACAGGGGACUUGAUGUUUUCAAAUGGAGCGUGGUCAGUAAUGAGGUAGUCGAAAAAUUAGUGAUGAAUUUUAAGGCCUCACCUAGCAAAGAUUUUUACGGUUUCUCAAAUAGAAUGAUUCGUGAAAUACCUCCCGAUAUAAUGUUAACGCUGACUCACCUUAUCAACAGAUGUCUGGCAGAGGGGAUUUUUCCUGAUGUAUUUAAGAUUGCUAGGGUGAUCCCCGUGUACAAGAAUGGUCCCCGAGAUUCCCCCUCCAGUUAUAGGCCAAUCUCUCUGGUGCUUUCCAAGGUACUCGAGGCAGUGAUGGUACAUCAGCUGACUUUGUUUCUUGAAUCAGGGGGGUUACUAAGUUGCCAACAGUUUGCUUAUAUCAGUGGGAAAUUGAUCGUGGAUGCAGUAUGCCAGUUCUGUACCUUUGUAAUGGACGCAAUGGGUAAUAAUGAGGUUGUGGAAGGGGUCUUUUGUAACGUGUCGAAAGCCUAUGACUGUGUCAGCCACCAACUUGUGUUGAGGAAGAUGGAGAGUCUGGGGGUAUCUGAUCAGGCUAAUAGGUUGGUGGCAAGCUUCCUUAAGAACAGAAGGCAGCUGGUAGUGGCGGAUGGCAGGGAGUCUGGUUUAGAGAGGUCUAGACAGGUUCCUAAAUACGCUCUGCUCAUGCUAGAGUCUCGCAGUGUUUCUAGUGUAGCUUCUACAUGA